AUGAGUUUAGCCGUCCGAGGAAUCCAGGAGAGGGUGUUGGUGGCAGUGGGCCUUCCUGUGAUUGCGAUAUUGACCUAUACGAUUCUCAUUGGGGUAUACCGUCUGUACUUCCAUCCAUUAGCGAAAUUCCCCGGACCAAAGAUCAAUGCAAUCUCUCCAAUUCCGGGCAUUCUUGCCCUCCUCCGAGGCCGACUGCCCAUGGAAAACAAAAAACUCCACGAUAUCUACGGCCCCGUGGUGCGAGUCUCACCCAACGAAUUGUCAUUCAACACAUCGGGAGCGUGGAACGACAUCUACGGUCACAGACCAGGCCAUGCAAACUUUCACAAGAGCUCCAUCCACGUGGGCGCCGUUGAUCCCCUCCCCAACGCCAGCACGCUGACCAUGGCUGACGACGAGACCCAUGCCCGGCAAAGACGUGCUUUGUCGCACGCAUUCAGCCAACAGGCUCUGAUGGAACAGGAGGACAUCUUGCUGGUCUACGUCAAUCUAUUCAUCAAGAAGCUCGGCGAGAUGUGCGACCGAGGCGAAGCGUUCAAUCUCGUCAACUGGUACAACUUCACCACGUUUGACAUCAUUGGAGACCUGGCCUUUGGGGAAUCCUUUGGCUGUCUCGACAAAGGCCAGUUCCACGAAUGGGUGGCUCUCAUCUACGAGACUGUCAAGGCCGGGGCAAUGGAGCAGGCGACGAGGCGCUUCGCCGAGCCUGGGUCGACAAUUCAGAACUUCCUCGUCAAUUUCAUCCCGAAGGAGAAACGAGCGAGACGUCGCGAUCACCUCUUGUGGAGUCAAAACAAAGUCCUAAGACGCCUUGAAAACACCAAGCUACAACACAAAGACUUCACGUGGUACAUCCUCGAUCAGCAGAAGCGAGGGGCGAUUUCGCAAAAUGAAGUCAUUGUCAACGGCGCUUUGUUUAUUGUUGCCGGAAGUGAAACCACAGCAAAUGAACUAUCCGGGUUGACGGCCCGGCUCCUCAAGAGCCCACGGGUAUACACCAAACUGGCCAACGAGAUCCGGGAUGCCUUCAAAACCGAGGACGACAUCACCAACGACGAGCUCGCCAAACUGCCUUACCUUGCCGCUUGUCUGUCCGAAGGGCUUCGCAUCCAUCCACCGCUUCCCACAGCGCUGAUGCGCCAAGUUCCCAAGAACGGAGAUACCAUUGACGGCCACUGGGUCCCGGGCGGCGUGCACGUUGGCGUCGGCGCGUGGGCCGCGACCCAUAGUGCCGCCAAUUUCAAGAGCCCCGACGAAUUCGUCCCCGAACGCUGGAUCGACAAAGAGUGGGCCGGAGAUGAUAAGAAGGCUAGUCAGCCAUUUUCCACUGGACCUCGUGGAUGCAUCGGGAAACACCUUUCCUACAUGGAGAUGCGUCUGAUCCUAGGCAGACUCCUCUGGCAUUUCGACAUUGUGUCCUCCGACGGGGCACCACAGUGGUCACCUGAAGGUGAGAUGCAGUACAUGAAGGCCUACAACACGUGGGAGAAGCCGGAACUGAACGUCACGUUGAAACGUGUCCAGAGAUAA